GAACAAAAAAGGGAGGAUACAACUACAACUAUGCUGUGCUGCAUAAGAAGAACCAAACCGGUGGAGAAGAAUGAGGAAGCGGACCAGAAGAUUGAACAGGAUGGCACCACCAACAAACCCGAGGACAAGGCCCACAAGGCUGCCACCAAAAUACAGGCCAGCUUCCGUGGACACAUAACUCGGAAAAAGAUGAAAGACGGAGAGGAAGAGAAGGAGGGAGACAGUCCUGCUGCUGCAGAAGAGGCGACAGAGGGAGGAGAGGAGGCAAAGAAAGCAGAGGGAGAGGAGGCACCCGCAAAGGAGGAAGAAGCUGCAGGGGAGGAGGCCAAGAAGGAGGAGGAGACGAGCCAAGCCAAAAGCCCAGUGGCAGACAAGCCAGCUAACUCUCCAGCAGCUGCUGCUGCCUCUCCAGUAGGUGCAGCGACAUCUCCUGUAGCUGCAGCACCGGCAGCUGCUGCCUCUCCUACAGCCACCACAGCACCCUCUGAGCCCCAGAAAGAGGAGCCAAAGGUGGAGGAGAAAGCCGAGGAGAAGCCCAAAGAGGUGGAGGCCCCAGCGGCGGCAGCCAAGAGUCCUACCACAGCCACAGCUGAGGAGAAGAAGGAGGAGGAGAGUGAAGAGAAAAAGGAGGAGCCCAGACAAGCCGAUGUGCCUGCUGCUGUCAGCCCGGCAGCUGAAGCAGAGAAGGAGGAGCCUAACCAAACAAAAGAAAAACAAGAUGAUGCAGAGGAGUCUAAAGCAGGGGAGGCCACCCCGGCAGAUGCAGCGGCGGAGGGCACCGAGUCCAAGGAUGACUAAGGCAAUGUCUAACCUAAAGAAAGCAGAAUUAAGAGUAUGAAGAAUAACACAAAAACAAAAAUCUAAAAAGGUUGCUCUUUGCCUUUCUAAUGUGAAGGCAGUCCGUUUCUAUUUGUUUGUCAUUUUUUGUGUGGCAAUGAUUUUCUCAUGUUGGGGGAGUUUCCAGCGUUAUGUUUUUUGGCUCAAGCUAAUACUAUGAGGAAGUGGUGUUGAUGAUAAUGAUAAGAUGGUGAUUAUGAAAAAUGAUUGUUACCUUGAUGAUAAUGGUGAUGAGGAGGAGGAAUUAAACGUCACUAUCUAUUAUAAGUGAAUCAGUGGUGAAAUAAACGCUCCCAACGGGAUAUUUCCACAUGUAAAAUGCAUUGUGAAUG